AUGGAACAUAAUAAUAAUAAUUAUGAAAUUGAUUUAAGUAUAAAUAAGUAUGAAUCAAUGUUAAAUAACAGUAAUACUGAUAUAAAAAUUUUAAAGAAUAAGAUGAUUGAAUUAAAAGUAAUAUUAGAAAAG